AUGGAUUGUUGUGAUCGUGAGUGCGCGGUGGAGGAGGUGGCGCAGGUGUACGAGCGCAUCAAGAUCCAGCAGCCCUUCCUCCUCCGCCACUGCUCCUCGCUGCCGCCGUCGACCGCCACCCAGCAGCUGGCCCAGACCCACAGCGAGGCGCUGCGGGCACUCAACGUCGCCCUCUCCGUCAUGAAGCAGCAGCACCAGCAAUCUUCUGCUGCUCCAGCGACACCAAGCAUCAAAGCUGAGCCGCCCAGCCAUGGCGGAGCAGCUCCCUGCUAUCCGGAAGCAAUAACAACGAGCGCGGCCAGAAGAGGCAAGAGAAGAAGAACAACAAUGGAAGAAGCAGCAGCAGGGAAAACCUCAUCAUGGGCAGGCUUGACCACCGUGCCUUACGAGGACGGCUACGAGUGGAGAAAAUACGGCGAGAAGAAGAUCAACGGCACCAGCUUCACAAGGAGCUACUUCAGGUGCACCUACAAGGAUGACACUGGCUGCCUCGCCACAAAGCACGUCCAGCAGAAGGACAGCAGCGACCCUCCCGUGUUCCAGGUCACCUACAACAACAAGCACACCUGCAACAUCUGCACAACCACCACGGCUGCCAGCAAGAGCAGCGACAGAGAGAUCAUCAAUCCUCAUCCUCCAAAUAAUGCUGCCGUGAUGAUGAAUAAUGUUGUCAAAAGCAAGAACCACCGGUGCUGCCCAGCCCCCAUCCUCCUUGUCCAGCUCGACGCCGACUGCCGUCGCCGCCGUGUCGCGCCGCGCAAGCGCACCGGCCGCGCCGUGCACGAGCGCGUGUGCGCCGCGCACCCACCUGGUCAAAGCCUCGGCCUUGCCUUGACCUGGUUGGGCUGGGCCGCCUGCCCGCGGGCCCCGUCUGUCAGCCUCGGGGCUGGCCAGCUCGGGUGGAUCUAG